AUGUCGACGAAUUUGUUCAGAUGUUCUCCACCAUCCUAUAAAUACGAGCAAGAAGCAGACGAGAUUUUCGGAAUAUGCUGGUGGCAACGAUCAGCAUUCAUCCAUUUAUUCAUUCAUUUCGUUCCUCGAUAUUAUACAAAAGUCGUCGUCACCACGCCCACGCCCACGCCCACGCCCACAUCAAUGAAUAAGGAGGUGCUGCCAGUGCCACCAGCGCCUCCCAACUUGGUGGACGCUUCCGAAAACGAAUACGACAACUCUCAAUCUAACAAUGGUUCGUCGGGGCAUAAUCAUUCAGGAAAUCAUUCCACUGUGGGCGAUCUUUUGGAAGUUCCCAAGAAAUCACCCACAAUGAAACGAAACAACACGAGAUUAUCCUUGGCCGGUUCUUUUAUGCAAUCCUUCAACACUGAAGUUGCCUACGCUCAUCUAAAAUCCAAAGAUGCUAGAUCCUUCAAGAGCUAUGUUGGCUUGGGAGCCACUGUCGUUCUAAUGGUUUCGUAUGCCAUGGCUCGAUUCUUGAGUCGAGACUAUCACUCGGGAUUUCAUGGCUCGACUGCUUCUUUGCUCCUGUUUGGAGGCUACAAUCUCAUGAGAAAGAAAUACCGAGUCCUUGUUUCGGAUGCGGACCGAACAAUCUUUGCUGUCAAUGUCUUUGUCUCGACAGCAGUGGCUCUUUUGUUAAUUUUUUUAUUCGAGUCUUCGUGCAUCCAUUGUGCCUUUUUUGUGGUAGAGGAUAGUUCCGAAGGAGUUGGUUUGAUGGAUGCGGCAGAAUUUCUAUUGGUUCAGGCGGAUGGAUUGGAUCGCAAGACCUUGGCGUGUCAAACCUGUACUAGUGCCUGCUUCUCCUUCUUUUUCUAUUUCAUGGAUUCGCCUCGGGUUACCUUUGUCGAAGACAAUGAUGCCCAACACAAGGUGUUGGAGGGAAUGGAUGAAAUCACGGAUAUUGCCUCCCUGGCUCAUUCGAUUGAUGAGCUCAAUGAUCAACAGAAAACGGCAGAUACCAAGUCGUUUCAACGAAAGAUUCUCUACGAAGUAGCACAACGAGGCCACUUGGACAUUGGAGAAGCUUUCAGUUCCUAUCUCUGUUCUCCAUCCUCUCGGGUGGUGGGGGAUACGUCGGUGGAAUUCUUGGAUCUAAUCGAAUCGCCACGCUUUUCCGGUGAAUCCAUCAAUCUCACAGUUGCCGAGAUGAGCAGUAUCAUGAAGGGGGAUAUAUUGAAGGACAUUGGGGUUGCUGCGUGUUUCAUUCUUCGAUUUGCACUCUUUGUACCAGACGAUCCCGCCAUUGAUCACAUCAAGAUUGAGCCGGGAGCUCCUCCAAUUAUGAAUGAGGACAAGAUGAAAGUUCUAGAUGCGACUGCGGAUAUUCCGGGUCUUGUCAUUCCACAGAUUGACCCAGAAGUCGACAAACAGGGAGUGGCCAUCAUGCUGACAAAGAGCCUCAUGGAUGCCUAUGUCAAGUUCCCCUUCAACAACGAACCAAUCUAUUUCAAUACGCGAGAUGAAUAUUACUUCUUUUAUCGAUGGAACAUGGAACAUUCCGUUCAAGACGAGUGGUACUUCCCCAACUGGCUCCUCAAGGGACGGACUCGCAACAAGAUGAUUGAGGUCAUGACCAAAAGGAAUACACUUGCCGCUGACAUUUUAGCAUUCGAACAGCCUACGACCGAUGAGACUUUGAGUGAUCGUGUAUUUUAUGGGACGGGGCAGAAAUACUUGACGCCCAUCAAGUUGCCAGGGAUACAUGACGACUAUGAACUCAUGUUCCCACACAACUCCAAUACUUUUGUAUCCAGGAAUCAUGAAAAGUUCUUUCGCUGCAAAAAGAAACCAAAACGAGAGGACCUUGAGAGAAUGAUCAAGUCAUUUUACUUGGACAACAAAGAAGUUGUAUCCAGCUUGUACGACUGGAAGGAUCGAAUCGUUGAGAUUGAUUUCGCUAUUGUCGAAUCCAUCCCCAGCCGUGAAUUAUUCUAUUCUCCUGGUGUGAUUUUGUAUUUGGAUGUUGAUAGCAAACUUCCGAUCGGCAUCUGGGAGUCUAGUCGAGAGCAAAUGUUUCUACCAAAGGAAGGGAGGAAUUGGGAACAUGCCAAGUACUUUUACCGCGUUUGUGAACGUGCAGUUCUGGCAUCGGACCAUGUGAUUCGAUCUCACUUUGGCAUGUCCCAAGCAGUGGCAACUGCUUCCUUGCAAACACUUCCCGAGAACCACGGUUUGCGGGCCUUGGUAAAGCCAUUCGUACAUGGGGUUCAACAGGUCAACUCGGCAGCCUAUCACAUGCUGGUUCGUGAUCACUCUGUUUUGACCCAUGCCUCUGGAUUUACUUCCGAAGGCGUGAUUGCUACGUUCUUGACACUGCAGCAAGGAUUCAAUUAUUCAGAAUCCAUUCCAGAAUACUUCAGCAAGACAAAGCUUGACAGUGUCUUGGAAGAAGAAUUGCCUUUGCAUAGCCAAGGAUUGCGAUUGUACAAGGUUCAUAGGAAAUGGGUUUCAAGAUACAUGAAGUUGUUGUAUCCUACUGAUGAAGAGCUGUUGGCGGAUGAAGCAAUUCAUCGAUUCUGGUCCCACCUCGAUACUUAUGGGCGGCAUUUGGAUCCUUGCGUGUGUUCCAUGCCCUCUUCUAUUGACUUUGAAGACGAUACGCAGUGGCCAGGAUUUGAGAGCUUCCGUACUUGUAAAGGGCUCUUGGACAGGAACGAUUUCAAGACCGACAACAAAUUCUCUCUUCGUCGAGAAGGUUGGUGCAAGCGAAGUGCUUAUGUGAGACUCACGUCUCUUCGAGAAUGGAUUGAAAGCGACUGCGAACAAUCGGACACAUGCACCCAUGUCAGCUACAACUUUUACCAAAUGAGGGACAACAUGGCCAUGGGGCCACUCAAGAAUCGUGAUCAGUUGGUUGACUUCUUGGCUACCUUCAUAUGGGAUGUUACGGCUGGCCACACCUUCAACAGUGACAAUGUUUCCUACCUUGCCGAUCCCGAAUACAGCGGCGUACGGAUGCGUGAAUACGAUGAAAAUGGAAACCUCCCUCUUCGUACCGACAUUGGCACCUAUAUUUUUGGCACCUCGAUCGCUUCUCUGACGACUGUGAGAUGCCCUCCAUUAAUGGCUGACUGGUCUCACAUCUACCGUGACUACGUCUUUGACCAAAAGGAUCUACCAGUUGACAGGAAAAUGGAGCUAUCCAAAAAGUUCAAAGAAAUUCACAUGGAUUACAAACAUGAAUUGCUCAAUUUGGCUAGUGUCUUCAUCGAUGAAGCUGCGUAUCACGGGGGUAACAAGGUGUCGCAUGUUCUGAAUCCAAUGACUCAGGCAUCUUCAGUGAGUGUCUAA